AUGUCUUUUCCACCUCCUCCAGGUGUCAAACAGACUCCCUCGUCACUUCCGGCCCGCCCACCUCCAUCAUCCAAUGUCGCGCAACCUACGAUCAACGGCCCUGGCGGUAGGCCUCGACCAACAGGCUACAGCGCGUUCACAGCAUUCCAGCCGCGUGCCGUAGCCUCCAGUCAGGCGCAUCGACCCGCUCACCCAGUUGCGCCCCCGUCAGUCUCUGCUCCUGGAUACGCGACCCCUACUGCCACUGGCUAUGGAACCCCCACUACCGGCUAUGUGAACCCGUAUCAACAAGCUCAAACAUACGCGAGUGGGCCUUCUUACUAUGCACAACCGCAAUACACCGAAAAUACAUACGGCCCUGCCGUCCCGCACAUUGCGAAUCCCUUCGGGACCGCGCCUACCCAGACCAAGUCAGCAUAUCCACAAACUGGCAAUGACCCCGCCUUGGAUGCAGAGACUGCGGCUCAGAUUGCGCAGUGGCAGAGCGCGUAUGCUAAACCAAUGGAUGACUCAGCCAACAAGCGCCAAGGUAAUUACCCAGGUUCAGGCGUGAACACAGGAGCUGGAUCCCCAAGCGUCGGUGCCAGCACUCCUAUCCCGCAGCCUGAAUCACAAAAAACGGUCGUUCGAUCCGGCGGUGGUGAAACAUGGACCGACCCUACCCUCUUAGAAUGGGACCCGGCGCAUUUCCGUCUUUUUGUGGGUAACCUUGCAGGCGAAGUGACGGAUGAGUCUCUGCUGAAGGCAUUUUCACGCUACCCCACUGUUCAGAAAGCACGUGUGAUCCGAGAGAAGCGGACGCAGAAAAGCAAAGGAUUCGGCUUUAUCAGCUUCAGCGGAAGCGAGGAUUACUUCAAGGCGGGCCGAGAAAUGCAAGGCAAGUACAUUGGUUCGCACCCAGUGUUACUGCGCCGAGCCACCACCGAAGUUCGGCCAACGUCGAACCCCAAGCACGGAAAGAAACAGAAGGGCAAAGGUAACAAGGGAGGUCAAGGUCAAGGUUACGCUGGUGGUGCAGGAUCAGCAGCAGCCACCAGUGGAAAGGUGAAGCAGGAUGGCGUCAAGAAGCCAGCGAAGACCAAGGGUGGAUUGAAGAUUCUGGGCUAA